AAUUCCGCCAUCUACAUUGACGACGUUUAUAACAAAUAACCGAAUUUUCAUAUAUAUGUUAUCCGAUAUUACGUUAAUUACGCAUAGUAUAUUCAACAUGUGGAUAUAAUUUCACUAAUGUAUUAUUACUAACAUUAUCAGUAACAUAUAUCACUUAACUCUCUUUUAUUUGCAUUUAAAAAGUAUAAAUAGCGUAACAUGUAUUAAUACCAGUCAGUAUAUGAAACAAGUUUAGUUCUUUCAUUGCUGAUUGAAGAUCAAUUUAAUCAUUUUGGGAGAUAUACUUUAACAUAACAGACAAAAAAGAUGACUUCAGAACUUCCAUCUACAUUAAAACAUCUAUUUAGUUAUAUUGAUGAUCAUAAAACAGAGUAUAUAAACGACUUAAAAGAAGCAGUAGCUAUAAAAUCUGUCUCAGCAUGGCCAGAUCAUAGAAAUGAAAUAAUUAAGAUGAUGAAAUGGGCGGAAAUGAAAUUAAAAAAUCUUGGAGUCACUACAGAAUUAGCAGAUGUAGGAAAACAAACUCUUCCAGAUGGAAGUGUAAUUCCUCUUCCACCUGUUUUGUUAGGAACUCUAGGGUCUGAUUCUGAAAAAAGGACUGUUCUUAUAUAUGGACAUUUAGAUGUUCAACCUGCAUUAAAAGAAGAUGGCUGGGAUACUGAACCAUUUACUCUUGUUGAGAAAAAUGACAAAUUAUAUGGACGAGGAAGUACAGAUGACAAAGGCCCUGUACUUUGUUGGAUUCAUGCAUUACAGGCUUAUAAAGCUAUUGGAACAGAUAUCCCUGUUAAUCUCAAGUUUGUCUUUGAGGGCAUGGAAGAAAGUGGUAGUGAAGGAUUAGAUGAUCUUCUUUUGGCACGAAAAGAUACAUUUUUGCAAGGUGUAGAUUAUGUGUGCAUAUCUGAUAAUUACUGGCUGGGUACCAAAAAACCUUGUAUUACGUAUGGCUUAAGAGGUAUCUGUUAUUUCCAAGUGGAAGUAACUUGUGCUGUUAAAGAUCUACAUAGUGGUACAUUUGGUGGAUCUAUACAUGAAGGAAUGGCAGAUUUAAUAUAUUUGUUAAAUACAUUAGUUGAUGUAAAUGGAAAAAUUUUAAUAGAUGGUAUUUAUGAUAAUGUAACAAAAAUUGUGGAAAAGGAAAUAGAAUCCUAUAAAACGAUAGAAUUCGAUGUUGCUGAAUUCAGGGACUCUGUUGGAACUAGUAAAUUAGCUCAUGAAGAUAAAAUUCAAUUAUUGAUGCAUCGGUGGAGACAGCCCAGUUUAUCACUUCAUGGAAUACAGGGCGCAUUUAGUGAGCCAGGUGCAAAAACUGUUAUUCCAGGAAAAGUUAUUGGUAAAUUUUCAAUUAGAAUAGUACCAAAUAUGACUCCAGAAGAUACUGUACAAAAAGUAACAGCGUAUCUAAACAAAAAAUGGGCUGUCAGAGGUAGUCCAAAUAAAUUCAAUGUCAGCAUGUAUCAUGGAGGAAGAACUUGGUCUGAAAAUCCUGAUCAUGCAAACUAUGUAGCUGGUCGAAAAGCUACCAAGCAUGUUUAUAAUGUAGAGCCUGAUUUAUCACGCGAAGGAGGCUCAAUUCCGGUUACUUUAACAUUCCAAGAAGUAACAGGCAAAAACGUAUUACUCUUACCAGUUGGUGCUGGUGAUGAUGGGGCACAUUCCCAGAACGAAAAACUGGACAUUCGUAACUAUAUCGGGGGCACUAAAUUACUUGGAGCUUAUUUGUACGAGAUAGCUCAACUGUAAGGUACAUAUAUAUUGAAAACAUAAGUAAGAUGUGGGUUUAUAUUGAUGUACUCAAGAAUUUAUUUUUUUCUUACAAUACAAUAUACAAAUAAAAAUUUGGAGGGAACGGAAGUUAUAAAACGCUAUUUUGCGACUUACAUGUAUCUUUUCUUUCAAGUGAAUACAAAACGUAUUAUCUUUAAUAAAAUAUAUAUUUAGAUAUCA